UUAGACAGUACCGGAGCGUCGUCAGGGACGGAGCCGCGAGAGCGUCCAGUUUGUUUACCGUGCGCCGCAACAAGUGAUGUGCCAGUGACCACUGCAGCCGCAGCCACCGCCAUGCCGCGCCCCAGCCGCGACUCGUACGGCGACCAGAAGCCGCCCUACUCGUACAUCUCGCUGACGGCCAUGGCCAUCUGGAGCUCGCCGGACAAGAUGCUGCCGCUGAGCGAGAUCUACCGCUUCAUCACCACCCGCUUCCCGUACUACCGCCGGAACACGCAGCGCUGGCAGAACUCGCUGCGGCACAACCUCAGCUUCAACGACUGCUUCAUCAAGGUGCCGCGCAGGCCCGACCGGCCGGGCAAGGGCGCCUACUGGGCGCUGCACCCCAAGGCCCUGGACAUGUUCGAGAACGGCAGCCUGUUGAGGCGGCGCAAGCGCUUCAAGCUGAUGAAGUCGGACAAGGACCGGCUGGAGGGCGAGCUGGCGGCGCUGGCCUCCAUGCACCGCCUGCUCUUCACCCCGACGGGCGGGCCCGCGGACCCCGCCGCCCCAGCCCCCGGCGGCCCCGGCGCCCCGCACCCCGCGGCCCUGCCCCCGCCGCACAUGACCCCGGCCCUGCCGCCCCCGGCACCCACCAAGGUGAUGCCUCCACUGGAGCCCUGGGCGCCGCACCCUCGCCUGCACGAGCCGCUGCCGCACGUGCCCCGGUCGCCGCAGAUGGCGGCCCUGCCCUCGCCGACGACGCCCCCCAUGAGCAUGGCGCCGCUGACGCCGUCGUCCGUCACCUCGACGACGCCACCCAUGAUGAUGACGAGGUUGCCGCCCAUCUCGGCGAGGCCCAAGCGCUCCUUCACCAUCGAGAGCCUCAUCGGGCCCGACCGGGACGACAACCGCGUCGAGGACGCGGAGGCGGAGGACGUGGAGGUGGUUAGCCCGGCGUCGAGUCCGGUGCCGUCGCCGAGCCCCCAGCCGCUGCACCUGCCAGCCCCAGCGCCCUGCUACGCCUCGAGCUUCUUCCAGUUCCAGUCGCACACGUUCCUCCACGGCUUCCUGCCGCCGCCGCCCGCCGGCCACGGCCCCCACCCGUCGCCGCCCCCGGAGCUCAUGGCCGGGCUGCACAUGGGCACCAUGGGAGCCAUGGGCGCCAUGGGCGCCAUGGGCGCCCACUUCCCCCCGCUCUUCAGGUUCGCGCCCACGCUCAGGGCCGUCUGACAUGGGGCUCCGCCGCCCCCAUCGACCCCCGCGGCCCCCUUCCCGUGGGGGCGGCGGACCGCCCCCGCCUCCCUGGGCGGGCCCCCCAUGGAGCCCCCCCGGGGGCACGGCCCCCACGCCCCGCCG